CUGAACUCUAAAGAAACUCAGGCAGAGCUCGGUUGGACGUCGUACCCCUCCAAUGGAUGGGAGGAGAUCAGUGGCGUGGAUGAGAAGUACAAGCCCAUCAGGACCUACCAGGUGUGUAACGUGAUGGAGCCGGCGUUGCAGAACAACUGGCUGCAGACGGGCUGGGUGGCGCGGCGCGGCGGCCAGCGCAUCUUCGUGGAGCUGCAGUUCACGCUGCGCGACUGCAACAGCAUCCCGGGCGUGGCGGGCACCUGCAAGGAGACCUUCAACCUGCUCUACGUGGAGUCGGACAAAGACCUGGGCCAGGUGACCCGCGAGGAGCGCUACACCAAGAUCGACACCAUCGCCGCCGACGAGAGCUUCACGCAGGGCGACCUGGGCGAGAGGAAGAUGAAGCUCAACACGGAGGUGCGGGAGAUCGGACACCUGAACCGGAAAGGGUUCCACUUGGCGUUCCAGGACGUGGGGGCGUGCGUGGCCUUGGUGGCGGUGCGGGUGUACUACAAGCGAUGCCUGGCCACGGUGCAGAACCUGGCUGUGUUCUCCGAUACGGUUGCCGAGGCGGCGUUCGCCACCCUGGUGGAAGUCAGGGGCGCCUGCGUCAACAAUUCCGAGGUGGACACGGACAGCCCUCCCAGGAUGCACUGCAGCGCCGAGGGGGAGUGGCUGGUGCCCAUCGGGAAGUGCAGCUGUUCAGCGGGUUACGAGGAGGGCCACAGCAGCUGUGAAGCGUGUCCCCCUGGCUCGUACAAGAUGUCUUCCAGACAGCAGGAGUGUUUUCCGUGCCCGGCCAAGAGUGUGGCGGAGGAGGAAGGCUCGGUGGUGUGUGUGUGUGAAGAGGACCACUUCAGGACCCCCCUGGACAACCCCUCGGCCCCCUGCACCCGCCCCCCCUCUCCUCCCAAAGACUUGGUCUACACCCUCAAGCAGUCCACCCUGAUCCUGGAGUGGGGCGCGCCAACGGACACGGGCGGCAGGGGGGACCUGACCUACAGCGUGGGCUGCCGCCGGUGCGUGGGGCUGCAGUGUGAGCCGUGCGGUGCCAGCGUGGGCUUCAUGCCCCAGCAGAGCGGGGUGACUGAGCGCACGGUGACCGUGGUCAACCUCAUGGCCAACUCCAACUACACGUUGACGGUCGAGGCCCUCAACGGAGUGUCAGAGCUCCUGCCCAACAAGAGGUUCUACACACAGGUCAACGUGUCAACUAGCGUGCCAGCGCCCUCUCUGGUGAGUGAGUUGCGUGCGGAGAAGAUUGAGCAGCGCAGCCUCACCCUGGUGUGGCGGGAACCGAGCUACCCCAACAACAGCCGCACCGAGUACGAGAUCAAGUACUACGAAAAGGAACAGAAGGACAAGAGCUACUCAACGGUCAAGACGGCCGCCACCCGCAUCAGCGUCAACAACCUCAAGGCCGGCACCACCUACGUCUUCCUCAUCCGCCCCUUCUCCACCCCGACGCUUGGUGAAUUGGCGCUGGCGUCCAGUGAGCAGAACCCAGUAAUCAUCAUCGUGGUGGUGUCUGUGGCCGCCCUCAUCAUGCUGCUCUCUAUGGGAGUGGGCCUGCUCCUCUGGAGAAGACAAUGUGGAUACAGCAAGGCCAGUCAAGAGGGAGACGAGGAGCUCUACUUUCAAUUUAAGAUCCCGACCCGGAGGACCUACAUAGACCCAGAGACGUGUGAGGAUCUGGUGCAGGCUGUCCUCACCUUUGCCAAAGAGCUCGACAACUCCAGCAUCAAGAUAGAGAGAAUUGUACACACAGGUGACUUUGGGGAGGUGUGCCGUGGCUGUCUCAAGCUGCCCAGUAAGCGCGAGCUUCCGGUGGCUAUCAAGACGCUGAGGGCCGGCUGCUCAGAGAAACAGAGGCGCUCCUUCCUCAGCGAGGCCGGGAUACUGGGACAGUUUGACCACUCCAACAUCGUCCGUCUGGAGGGGGUCAUCACCAGCGGUAACACCAUGAUGAUUGUGUUGGAGAGCAUGUCCAACGGGCCCCUGGACUCCUUCCUCAGGAAGCACGAGGGCCAGCUCUCCGUGCUCCAGUUGAUGGACAUGCUGGGGAGCGUGGCCUCUGGGAUGAAGUACCUGACAGAGAUGGGCUUCGUCCACCGCCGCCUGGCCGCCCACAAGGUACUGGUCAACGCCAGCCUGGGCUGCAAGGUGUCCGGCUUCAGACCCCUCCAAGAGGACAAGAUGGAGGCCAUCUACAGCGCAAUGCAUGCGGGGAAGAGUGUGGUGUUGUGGACAGCCCCAGAGGCCAUCCAGUACCACCGCUACAGCUCAGCGUCUGACGUCUGGAGCUUUGGCAUCGUCAUGUGGGAGGUCAUGUCCUACGGAGAGAGACCCUACUGGGACAUGGGCAACCAGGACGUGAUCAAAGCGAUAGAGGAUGGCUUCCGCCUGCCCGCCCCUAUGAACUGUCCACCUCACCUCCACCAGCUGAUGUUGGACUGUUGGCAGAAGGAGAGGACCGAGAGACCCACCUUCAGCCAGAUCCACUCAGCUCUCAGCAAGAGCAUCCGCAGCCCCGACGGCAUCGGAACCCUCCCUCUGGGCUCCUCCAUCUCCCUGGCAGAGCGGACUCUUCCGUCGUUCCCCUCGUUUAACUCGGUAGGGGAGUGGUUGGAUGCGGUGGACAUGGGGCGCUACAAGGACAACUUCACCGCGGCAGGAUACUGCUACCUGGAGUCUGUGGCCCGUAUGACAGUCCAAGAUGUAUUGAGUCUAGGCAUCACCUCUCUGGAGCACCAGAAACAGAUCCUGUCUGCCAUCCAGACCCUUAGAGCCCAGGUCAUCCAGAUGCACGGCAGAGGGGUGCAGGUCUGA